UACAAUCUUAAAAAUUCGUCUCUGUCUAUGUUAGGAAUGAAGCUGGUUUGUGAAUCGGAGAAACAUGAGUGGGCAAAGGAAAACAAAGUGGUUGGUUGUGGUUACGAUCCGAGGAAGAAGAAGGUUUACUUCACAGUUAACUCACACCUGGUUCAUGUUAUUAACUGUAAAGCAGACGAGUUCGGGACACCUCUAUAUCCCACUCUUGCUUCCAACACAGAGGCCAGAGUUCUUGUCAACUUGGGGCAAUCUCCAUUUUAUUACAGCCCGGCAAACGGGCAGCGGACAUCAAACCCAUGUGCUGGUGCUGUAGCCGGGCUCGAGGACAGCAAAGAGCUCUUCUCCAUUGGAAGAAUAGAUUCUCACUAUUUAAGUAAUUUUUUCAUUAACCGAGGAAAUAGUGACGAGAUUGCAAGCGGGAGGGCCACCGUGGGAAAUAGUCAUAGACGUAAGCUUGACUAUGACGAAGAAUCCGAUGCUGAUCUUUUUGAGAUUGCGCUUGAACGGUCUGGAAAACUAAAUCCGUCCAAGUUAUAACAAUUUAAAUGAAGAACAUGAUCCUCAUACAUUGUAUGCUUAUUGUACAAAUAACUAGAGACUCCAUGCUAAUGCCCCAUGCAAAUAGUCAUUGAUAAUCAACACUUGAACAUAGAAUUCUUCCUACCAUAUUUUAGUAGCUGUUGUUGAUCAGGAAUAAUGUUCGAGAUUUUAUGUGUACAUCUAAACAUUUAUGAAACUAAUCAAGGCUAUCACUCAACCGCAUCUUUGUCACCUAUGUAAACAACAUUCCUCAACAUU